UCUCCCCUCGCCACCCAGAUAGUCAAGUUGUAGCCUAAACAGUCCCCAACGAAACCCAAACAAAAUCAAAUCAAUAAUUUACCUUGAGUGGCAAGUAGCGAUUGAUCAUGGUACUCAAGUCCGGUUCAUCGUCGCCAGAAGUGAAUAACAAUUCACCGCUGGGAUUGUUCUCAGCGCAUAAUCGACAAAUUGUCGAGUCGUAGAGAGACACAUCCGCCAUCGUCGAGUGCAACUGGCGAUCAGACCCCAGAGGAUUCUCUUGGACGGUUAUGCCUGGGAACAUAUGUCGAGAGACCUCAACACAUGGCAGAACGAAAUAUCUUCAGUGUGGAAUUCAUUGACUAGCUGUUAACGAUCUUCAAUUGUUUCUCGAUAUUUUAGCCUGAAAGAAACGAAUGAGACAUCGGUGCACGUGACAUAAAAACAAAAAUUGUUUGUUUGGCAACGGAAAUUGGUCGAUGCAAAUCAGGGAAAUUCAAGUUCAGAUGCCAAAUACAGGAGGGAUUACUGCUCCUCUGGGUGUUCUUCUAGGGCCAACGUAGACAGCCAUGCAGCCUUGUUUUCUUUUAUAGAAGGCAAAGGUUACCUCAGAAAGGGAAUAUAGUGCGAUCGAAUCGUUCAGUCGUCAAAUCGUCAUUCUGCUGCAUUAGCUAUGACAACUCUCAGGGGUAUUUUUCCCAAUCCAAAACCCCCACUGCGAAAAAAUUUUAUUCAAGAGAAUGUGAGAAACCUUCGUCGUAUGGAGCAAUAUUUCCACGCCAGCAGAGAAGUGGAGGACUUGGAUAAAUUGAAACUCCAAAAUAGACAGGGCAAAUACCAAAACGUAGCAGCACGGGUGAACUCAAGUCUACACCGAUCACGAAGGAGAUUCGCUGAGGAGAAUCAUUCUGCGGAGAGCAGGGAAAAUGUCCAUCCACUGGAAAGAAAAUCUAGUGCUCCUGAACUUAGGAAUAAUGCCACCACUGUAGCAACUCCGAAUAGAAAAAAAAAGAUCAAUAACAAGAGUAGAGUUACGUCUGCUGCUGUUAAUGGAAAGCAGAAGCCCCAGGAGGAGAAUGGGAACGAUAGAAUGAAGAGGGGCGAGGGUGAGCCUCAGACUUUGCCAAAAGUUCCCCUGAAUCUCGAUUCGGCGGAGGACAGGGCACGCUGUGAUAAUAAUUGCGAUAUUUCAAAGUACAAAAGUAAAGGGAUCCAGACGCUGGAUACCGAUAAUUUAGAGGGAAUCUAUGCUGAGGGAGUAGUCAGAUAUCCCUCAGCUCGAAGUUUACCAAACAACGAAGAAGGCGCAGAUACAGACGAGCCAUUGGGCAGGAGUGAUGAAUUCCCAGUGAAAAAUCAGAAAUCUCGGAAGAAGCCGAACUCAUCGCCUUCGAAGGAAACCACAGACUGCUUAAAAUUAAACAAGGAGAAACUCUCAGUUGCGAGUAAAAUGGCAGCUCAGCUCAAUAAUGGAGUACUUCCACCGAAUUAUAGGAAGGGAGUUGUCCCCAAGUAUAUCAAAGAAAGGAAAGAAGAACGCCAGCAAGAGAAGGAGCGACAAGCCUUGGAGGAAGCAAUUCUUGCUGAGUGUCCAGAUGGUCACGUCCCACUGCCUGAUAAUGAACGGAGGGAAACACUAAAAUUGUUGAAGAAAAAUUAUCAAGAGCUGGUCAACGAACUCAACAUGUUGCCUAUAAGAUCCGACACGCUACGAUCCCAAAGACGAAAAAUCGAAAUCGAGAGACAACUGACUAAACUUGAGGAAGGUAUCAAAGUUUUCUCGAGACCAAAAGUAUUCGUUAAAAUAAAUGCCUGAAACCAUUCCAUUCACCGAAAGAAUCUGCAAAUUUCUGUGCUGAUGCUAUGAAGUGUCUUAUUCCACUCUAUCUUGAAUAUUAUGUAAUUCGAAUAUCGAGUCACAGAAUCGAUCGUAAUGCAUACCUCAAUUUUGUAAAUAAUUGUACAUUAUUAAUCGUGGAAAGAAUAUUGUGGCAUUAGUACUGCUGUUUCAUUUGCGUCCAAAAUGUGCGAGUACAAAAUAAAAAUAUUUUUGUCAACUUUA